AUGACCUUUAGUUUGGAAUCUAAAGAGAUGUUAGCCCCAAACCGAGCAGAUGUUCGACUCUACAACGACGGUGCUAUCAAAGUGAACAUUCCGCAGUACGUGAGCGCCAUAUGUCGAAUUCAGACGCAGUCAUUCCCUUUCGAUUGUCAGUUUUGCGCUGUAGCAUUGGCAUCUCCGCUUCUGAACGUGGAUGAAAUGAUUGUCGACGCUACUCAGCCACCCAAGGACUCCUAUUUUGCAGGCAAUGCUGAAUGGUUGCUGUUUAAUGUGACCGUGCGACACAUGAGGUUUGUCGAGGAGGGCGAGUCGAGGGUUGAGGUUUCUCUUGGACUUGGCAGUCUCCUUGCCAUGACCGUGCUCCUUGGAAUUGUUGCUGGAGCAAUGCCAAAAAGCAAUUCAAUCCCUCUUCUUGGGUACUACAUUCUGAUCGUCAUUCUUCUAUGUGCCAUUGCAGUCAGCAUUUCCAUGGCUUUUCUCGCUAUUAGCAGGCAGUACAUACAAAAAGAUCAAAUGCCGUCGAAGCGCAUUCUGCGGUGGAUGUUUAUUGACGAGCCUCGUAAAAGAAGGUCCACUGUAAAUUUGCGAAACUCAUCCUGCAAUCUUUACGCGGAGAAAGAGAGCCUGAGAUCGAAAAUUCCUGAGUUGGCGUUAAUCUACAAUAUUCUGGAGGAAAUAGCAGACUCUCACCGAAAUCUUCGUCGAAAAACUGAUCAGAAGCUGCAACGAAAAGCUGUACAACACGAAUGGGCACGAGUUUUCUCCCGCUUCGACUACUUCUUUCUCUUCGUCUUCGAAAUGCUCAACAUGGCUGCUUUGGCCGUUUUUCUGCGAGUCGCCUGGUUACCUACACCAGAACUUAGAGAUCAAAUUUUGUGA